AUGCGAUUUCUAAAUAUCAUAGGCAUCCUAAUCAUCGGUACAAACAUCCUGAAUCUCAUCGUAAUUCCUCAACUACCAGAUAUCAACGAGGCCAGUAAAGUGUUCUACAACUGCUUGUCCUUAGCGGAUAUCCUUUUAGGAGUCGUUCUUCUUCCUGCACUACCAUCAGCCAUCGUAGGGGAUUGGCCUUUUGGAGAUGUCGUCUGCAAGAUAUUUGGUUUCGGUAUGACGCUUGUCGCCGGUCUAUCUUCUGGAAGUCUGCUGCUUCUCAAUUUGGAUCGUUUUCUCAGUAUAGCCUAUCCACUUCGCUAUGUGGUCAUCAUGGAUCGGAGAAAAGCCAUCAUAAUCGCAACAAGUUCAGGCAUCGCCGAAGCUACAUUUCUCCUCGCCAUGUUGUUCGCAAAUCCCUUAGGACCGGAAAUCAUACAAUACUCAAAUCUAGGAGGAUGCAUCAUGACCUUCUACGAACCAAGAUUCCUUGGAUAUUCGCUAGCAAUUUUCUCAGUUUGUAUUUGGUCCUUCAUUCCCACCUUAGUGAUCGUGUACGCCAGAAUAAUCUGUAUAAGUAAGAGACACGUGAGACGCAUUCAGGUCCAGGAACUUGCAACCCGAGUUAGCACCGUUGGUAGAAGUGAUGAGCCCGGCUUGAUAGUGGAAGACAGGCCAUUCGUGGUCAGGAAAAAUGUCAACCAUCGAGCGAUCCGCAUGACUCUCCUGGUGACGGGCACAUACGUCGCAGCUUGGGCACCCUUCACAAUUUGUCAGAUAUACAUUUCCCUGAGAGGAGAUGUAUCGGUCAUCGUUAGGGCAUUGGUUUGUUGGCCGCUGCUACUGAAUCCUCUUUGUAAUGUCAUUAUCUACUCGGUGACAAAACGUUCUUACAGAAUUUUGGCACGGAACCUCCUGAAAGUAUGUCUGCGAUGUUCAUUAAAAAGUUUCCGUGAUGAAACUUCCAGUGACAUUCUGGUAUAGAGGGAUGUUGUUGCUUGCUAUCAAGGAUGGUCAUUUCCGGCGUGUUUAUAUCAAUCAACUGACUCGGUACUUUCAGGAGGAAUCUAUUCUUUGAAUUUCGGAAGUUACGUGAGGCUGGUUGUAUAUAAUGAUAAUUGUUUCAAGAUAAACACUACUAAAACAAAUAUUGUGCUUAUUCCAACUCGUUAUUAAAAAAAGAAAACUGGAUAUAAAGCUUAAUGGCGAGCAACUCAAACAAGUUAAUUCUGUAAAAUAUUUAGGCGUUGAAGUUAAUGAUAAUCUCAUAUGGAAUGUUUAUGUCAAACAUCUUUGUAUAUCAAUAUCGUUUAAGUUGCAUACUUUAAGACAUUUAAGUUUGACUCUUAAAACAUAUUUACUGAAUACUUUAUAUAAAACAACUAUUCAGCCAUGUAUAGAUUAUGCUUGUUCUGUUUGAGGUAAUUGUUCAUUGAAAAACAGGGAACUUAUAAAGAGACUGCAAAGACGAGAGGCACUUAUCGUAAUGAAAAAAUAGGAUUUUUCUAUUAGUUGUACAGAUUUAAUGAAGAAACUGAAAUGGCAAUCCUUUGGUACAAGGAAGGAUUUUUUGUUAUGUAUUUUAGUAUAUCAAUGUAUAUAUUGCCUUGUAUCUAUUAGACUUUGUAAUGAUAUUGAACUAUUUAUUGAAAGACCUUGAAUGUAGUCACGAAAUGCUGAUUCACUGUAUGCUGUAUUUUCUCAGCCAAAUAUUGAAUGUUUCAAGCAAUCCUUUAAAUAUAGUGCAAUCAAGACAUGGAACUCGCCAAUGAACUCCAGAAUAUUUCAAACCUCCUAUAUUUUGAGAGGUUGUACAAAAAAGUACAUGUUAUUGUGUAAUUAUAGUUAAUUCUGUAUUAUGUUGUUGCACUCCAUUCUCUCUCUCUCUCACUCUCUACUUCUAUUCUAUACUUUUCCACAUUAUAUCUAUCUUGUCUCUCUCUCUCUCUUCUUUUUUUUAUGUGUUUUUCUUGAACUUUGUAUCCUUAGAUUCUAUCCUCCUGCUCUAUUUCCUUACAACU